UACUUAACAAAACCGAAAGCCAGCGGACAGUACACACACUAGUCCGUAGUAGUCACCGCUAGACAGUGAAGUGAGUGACUCUGAAAGAAAAAGAAAAGGAUUACUUUACUUGGUUGUUGAAUUGAAUCAAAUUGAAGACCAAAAUCAUGGCCGUUUCAAUUACCCUCAUAGUAGCCAUCAUUUCUCUCCAUCUCUUAGCUUUCGUUUUCGCCAUCGGCGCCGAACGACGUCGUAGUCUGGCCAAAGUGGUUCCCGAUGAGUACGACGACCGAUCUUUCUGUGUUUACACCACCGACGCUUCCACCAUCUACGGUCUCGCCGCCUGCUCUCUAAUUCUCCUCAGUCAAGCUAUCCUUUAUGUUGUUACUAGAUGUCUAUGCUGCGGUAAAGGUCUUGUUUCCGGUUGUUCCACUACUUGUGCGGUUAUCUUCUUCGUUCUCUCAUGGCUUGGUUUUUUGGGAGCAGAGGCGUGCUUGUUAGCAGGAUCUGCGCGGAAUGCAUACCACACAAAAUACCAAGGGUAUUUUACAAAGCAUGACUUGUCUUGCGCCACUCUUCGCAAGGGUGUGUUUGCUGCUGGGGCUGCCUUGACCUUGUUCUCUAUGGUGGUUUCCAUUUUGUACUAUUGGGCACACUCUAAGGCUGAUACUGGCUUCUGGGAGAAGCACCGAAAUGAAGGUAUUGGAUUGGCCACACAGAAUCAUGGUCCUGAAUCUGAUAAGCCCUGAAGAUUUACCACUUUCAAUGCUACGGGUUGUUAAUUUACACAGUUUUGGGGGGUUUAUUUUGUUGGAUAAGGUAUUUUGGAUGUAAAGGAAGGAACAAUGUGAUAUUUAUGCUGUAAUAGCAGAAUGCUUGAAACAAUAUAUAUAUAUAGAUAAAUAGAUGGUAAUGGUAUGGUGGAGGUUCAGUAUAUUCUAGUUUCCACAAUGAAAGUGUUGCUUUUGAUGAAACAAAAUCAUUUGCAUUAGUGCAUAGAAUGCUUGCAUUAUUGUGAUAAAAAUGUGCUUGAUACCUUUAGUAAAA